AAUUGAAUUAAAUAAUACUUGGGUGAAAUAUACAACGUAAUUUUGAACUAAUUGAAUAUGUUAUUAUAUUUAAAAAAAUGAUUUUCUAACUUAUUAUUUUGCUGACAAUUUUUUUUUUUAACAUGUCAUCUUGAGGAUUUGUUAAAAAUAUAUUCAAUCAAUUUACUUGCAACAUCAAAAUGAACUUGGAAUUACUUGAAUCAUUUGGACAAAAUUAUCCUGAGGAAUUUGAUGGAGUUCUUGAUAGUAUAUCAUUAGCAGUUACUUGUGUGUUUAAUAAAUAUGGAACAUUAUUAGCUGUUGGUUGCAAUGAUGGCCGUAUAGUAAUUUGGGAUUUCUUAACACGAGGAAUCGCGAAAAUUAUUACUGCUCAUAUGCAUCCUGUUUGUUCAUUAAGUUGGUCGAGAAACGGGCAAAAAUUACUAAGUGCGUCCACUGACAACAACGUUUGUACAUGGGAUAUACUCACCGGCGAACGGGAAGAAAUGUAUAAAUUUCCUUCGCCUGUAUUAAAAGUUCAAUUCCAUCCUAGGAAAAAAAACUUAUUUUUAGUGUGCCCUAUGAAACACGCAGCCGUACUAGUAGAUAUUGACGGCCAUCACAAGAUAGUUCCGUUAGACGAUGAUUCUGAUCUCAUGAUAGUUGCGUCGUUUGAUCGACGAGGCCAAUAUAUUUUAACUGGAAAUGCUCGAGGGAAAAUAUUGGUUUUGACUUGUCCUAAUCUUGAACUAAAAGCAUCGUUUAAAGUAUCAACUGGCAUGACCGGCAUAAAAAGCAUCGAAUUUGCACGACGAGGAGAAUGCUUUUUACUUAAUUGUUCUGACCGUGUUAUUAGAGUGUACGAUGCUAAACACGUAUUGGAAAAAGGCAAAGACGGUGAUACUGAACCAAUUCAAAAACUUCAGGAUUUAGUUAACAAAACAAUGUGGAAGAAAUGUUGUUUUUCCGGCGACGGAGAAUAUAUUUGUGCCGGUUCUGCUAGACAGCACGCUCUGUAUAUUUGGGAAAAAAGUAUUGGAAAUUUAGUCAAAAUAUUACAUGGCACAAAAGGUGAACUUCUUUUAGAUGUCGUUUGGCAUCCAGUUCGAGCUAUAAUUACCAGUAUAUCAAGUGGCCUUGUGUCUGUGUGGGCUCAAAAUCAAGUAGAAAACUGGUCUGCGUUUGCACCAGAUUUUAAAGAGCUCGAUGAAAAUGUUGAGUUUGAAGAACGGGAAUCCGAGUUUGAUUUAGAAGACGAAGACAAAUCGGUUACAAAAGACGUGCAGCAAUGUGAUGAAGAUUUUGAAGUGGAUGUAGAAAAUGCUGAACCAAUAGCAGCAUUUUGUAGCUCCGAUGAAGAAGGAACAAACGAAGCUCUUAUGUUUUUACCUAUCGCUCCGGAAAUUGAAGAUCCAGAACCUGAUAUGCCGCCACCUCCAGUAUCUUCUAAUUCGUCAAAUUGUCGCACCUUUGAUAUUCCACUCGAUAACAUCACUGACGAAUUACAUCCUUUGCUAAGUAACAAAACAAAAGAAAAGCAAAUUACUGGAGGAAAAAAAGGUACAAAACGAGGACUAAAAUAAUUAUUUAUGUAUUAAAAAAAAAAAAAAUGUAUAUUAUGUGAAUAUAAUAUGUAAUGUAAAACAAUCUUUAUAUUUGUAUUAUAUUGUAUAUUUUCUUAUUAUGAUAUAAGUAUGUUGCCAUUUCUUAUUGUAUUAUACAAUUUU